AUGCACACAUACACAACAACAUAUCUAUAUCUAUCUAUCUAUCUAUCUAUCUAUCUAUCUAUCUAUCUAUCUUUACAUAUAUAUAUCGGUAUUGUAUUACAGGGUGUUACAAAUUUAUUUUCUAUCUAUCUAUCUAUCUAUCUAUCUAUCUAUCUAUCUAUCUCAGUGUGUUCGUAUCUAUCUAUCUAUCUAUCUAUCUAUCUCAGUCUGUUCGUAUCUCUCUCUGUUCGUAUCUAUCUAUCUAUCUAUCUAUCUAUCUCUGUUCGUAUCUAUCUAUCUAUCUCUGUUCGUAUCUAUCUAUCUAUCUAUCUAUCUAUCUAUCUAUCUCAGUCUGUUCUUAUCUAUCUAUCUAUCUAUCUAUCUAUCUAUCUAUCUAUCUCAGUCUGUUCGUAUCUAUCUGAGUCUGUUCUUAUCUAUCUAUCUAUCUAUCUAUCUAUCUAUCUAUCUAUCUAUCUCUGUUCGUAUCUAUCUAUCUCUGUUCGUAUCUAUCUAUCUAUCUAUCUCAGUCUAUUCGUAUCUCUCUCUGUUCGUAUCUCUCUCUGUUCGUAUCUAUCUAUCUAUCUAUCUAUCUAUCUAUCUAUCUAUCACAGUAUAUUCUUCUCUCUCUCUCCCUCUCUUUUUCUCUCCCGCAAUGUUUUUUCCUUACCACUUCCCCUCUCUCUUUCUCCUUUUAUUUCUAUUCUUAAUUCAGCUUUCUUUAACCUGCUUUCUUAA